GCAAAAGGACUGCAGUUAAAUCACAAACAGUGUCACGAAUCUCACAACCCAACUGUCCAUCGUUGUCAGUUGCUAUUCAUUUCCAUUUGCUGUUUGUCUUUGCCAUUCUCACGCCCCUCACAAAUUAACGCCCAAAGCGAUAAAUUAACCCAACUAGAGAGUGCAGUCCAACAAAAAGGUUGCCAUGUUUGUGUUACGAGACUCAGUUUUUGAUCCUGGUAAUAAUUAACAACUUCCUCAAAACCUCUAAGGCCAAGGCGAAUUUCCCACCAUAUGGGGAGACUUUUUUCUGGUAUCCAACUGGAAGACAUUGCGACCGACGCAUUCUUCCUGAUUUUGCAGAUAUUUUAACUGAAAUUAAACUGGAUUUUUUUUUAAUAAGAAAUAGAGAUGUUCUAUUAAUGGAACAUGAAUUGCAUGUGAAUCAUCUAAAGCCAAGAUAAAAUUAUAAUUUAUAGCACGAACAGAGAUGAAAAUUAUGCUCAUAAUAAUGCUAUGAAAGUUUUUUUAAAAAAAGUCUUGGUAUGCGUUUAAAAAAUUAAAAUUUGGUCAAGUUUCAAGGAGAGCAAAUAAUCUAGUAAACAAUAGUCUCACACCUAUUGAAUGCCAAACAAGGAUGGAGAAACUCCCAUUUUAUUCAUCCUCUGUAGCCACCAAAGGGGAGAGAGGCUGUGGCUAAGGAGAAAAGAGAAGAAAAGAAGGCGGUAGUAGAAAAGGAGAGAGAGACGCACGGAUCUUUUCUUUUUGCUAAUUGCUCUGUUUCUUUUGCAGCCGCAUAUAUGCAGGUUUGCCAUAGUGGAGACCUUACUUGGAUCCCAAUAAUAACAAUUUUACGAUUGGAGCAAACUUUGCCAGCGCUGGAGCAAGCGCUCUAGUUGAAACCAAUAUGAAUGGGAUACCCUUUAAAGUACAAGUAGACUACUUCAAGGAAGUCGCAAAUUUGUUGAGGGAUCAGCUAGGUGAAGCAGAUGCCAAAGAGUUAAUGUUACAAGGAUCAACCAUCUAUUACUCCAGCAUUGGAGGAGUUGAUUUAUCUUCCUUGAUCUCUACUGCCGUUUAUGUUACAGAAUCAAUGAUACAAGAUUACGUAAAGAUUGUGAUUGGUAACAUAACAGAUGCAGUGUAAAGGAAAUAUAUGAAAUAGGUGGAAGGAAAUUCGCAUUUCAAAAUGUAGCACCACUUGGAUGUCCGCCAGGAUCUAAACAGUCCUACAAAACUUCUGACUGUGUGGAAUCACUCCCAAAUUAUAGCCAGCUUGCACAAUAAUGCUCUAAAUAUUGCUGCUGAGGACUUAGCAAGAAAGUUACCGGGAUUCAAUUAUUUAAUAUUUGAUUUCUUCAAUGUAGUAAUGGAUAGGAUACAAAACCCAACAAAAUAUGGUUUCAAGGAAGGGGAUGUAGCAUGUUGCGGCAGUGGACCAAACCGAGGAAGCUCUACUUGUGGCAGUUUAACGUCAGCAUAUGAAGUUUGCAGUGAUCCCAGUGAAUAUGUGUACUUUGAUUUGGCCCAUCCUACUGAAGCCUCUAACAUUCAAUUAAUUGAGUUGCUGUGGAAUGGAUCGACAUAUGUUAUUUGGCCUAUUAACUCGAAAGAAUUAGUUGAGCUUGAGAUUAAUUCUGGAAACAGUGAUCUCUUAAUUGACGAACAAGUUUUUGUUGAUGGAGUUUCUAAGACAUAUCAAUAAGCAGUUUAAGAUUAA